AUGAAAUUAAACAAUUUAUUAAUAAGCUCCGUAAUAGGAGUGAUAUUAAUAUCGUGUGUACAUGCCGGUCCUAUUGAAGUGAUUUAUAGUGGUGACAGUUGUGAUUGUCCGAAAAAUUUAGAUUAUUUGGUGAAUUUACCACCACCGCCCGUGCCCAAAGAGUUUACGCCUAGUGAAUAUGGUUAUAAGUUAGAUGUGCCGCUGCAGGCUAAGGCCAAAGUAACCUAUAGUUUUGAUUUUACGGUCGAGGAACCCAAAGCACCACCACCACCUCCAGAAGAUAAAUUGGAAAUUUUUGCUAAAAUUGAUCGAAUGACGGCUCAUAAAAAGGAUUGUCUCGCCGCCAAAGCAUUACCCAACACCUGCAGUUGCAAUCGAUGCAUUGCCAAGAGGCAAGUAUCGCCCGAAGAUCGUGCAACACGUUAUGCGCGAAGUUUUCUACACCCGAACAGUAUAGACAAUAUGACGCCGUCAACCUCGCAAAUAAUGGCAAUAUUUUUGGAACCCCUAAAACAGACACAACUGGGAGCUUCGAAAACGCGUAAUAAGCGUGAUAUAUCGCGUAUUUUCAUGAGACCGCGUAAAAAUGAAAAACGCUCGGAUCGUGUGGUCAAACAAUACAACAAACGUUUAAAGGAUCAACCUAGUAACAAAGCAUUUUUAGCUGAAACUCCAAAACCCAUACGAUCGAGAUCAAUAGCAGCAGCGGCGCCGCCCACUAAUGUCCGUCCUCUGCAGCAGCUGACAAGUUUUCUAACGUUGCCACGCUUUAGAAAUAAACGUGAUAUUAAAGGUGAAUAUGAUUUGAUUGAAAAAGAACGUGAACAAAUGGAUUUAACUUUACCAGAAAUCAUACAAUAUAUGCCCGAAACUUUAGAUCCCAAUUUUAAAAGAAAUCAAUGUCAUUUUGGACAACGUUGUCAACUUCCUGAUCUCACAGAAUCAACCACUACCACAACGACCACCACCACCUCAACUGCUAGUGAAACAACCACAACGACUUCAACUGACAGUAUAGAUACUACCCAAGAGACUUUGAGCGUUACUGAUGCGCCCAAUAAUGAGGAAGACGUGCAGCAAGAGGUGGAGGAGGAGCAUGAAACGGCAUUGGAUAAUUCUAUAAGUUCAACGCAUACAAAACGUAAUGCAGCGGAUUAUGGUGGUGCUGGUGGUGGUGGUGGUUGCCCUUUAGUUUUUAACAGCUACAAUCCUACUCCAAGUCCUGGCUAUACUUUUGAGCCCCUCACUAGUUUUGAAGCCAUUCCCAGACCUUUUGCCACCGCCAAUAAUCCUUAUGGUGCCGAUCCAGUACCCCAACAAUAUGUGGGAGCUCCCCAUAAUCCUUAUGCCUCCACCAUCCUCGACAGUUCGCCCUUAGUUGGUGCUGCAUAUCCCAAUCCAAGUGUUCAACCAGUUUCAAAUGCUCAACUAGAUCAAAUUAUUUCUGAAAUUGUAAAUAGACACACAGAUUUUAUUGAGGCCAGCUCACAUCGUGGUGGUGCAUAUACGGAUCCCGUUGGAGUGCAAGAACAACAAGCUAAAUCGUUUCUAAAAAAUCUUAUGGGUGGUUGGUUUGGUGCUGAACAACAGCCGCAAUAUCAAGCCCAUGCUCAUAUACCUCAUUAUAAUGCUCCAGCUGCGGGUCCUCUCCAUAGUCCCCCUCCCUAUUAUCCCUAA